AUGGAAAAGGCAGGACUUCCUACACCAGCUGUCAAUCAAAUUGAGCUCAAUCCUUUUUGGCGAUUAGAUGACAUUGUGAGUCAUUGCAGACAAAAGGGAAUUGCAUUAAUGGGCUACUGCCCACUUUUUCGUGGCAGGAAAAAUAAUGACCCAGUGUUGGUUGAAAUGGCAAGUAGGUAAGGCUCUCAUAGUACUGUAUUUAGCUCACUUAUUUUAUCAUGAAAUCUCAGUUCCAAAAAGUGGUUUGGAUAUAAUUUCAUACAGUUGAAUCUUCCAUAAGCGUCCAGCUAAAAUGCAAAAAUUAAGCGGUCAUUUAAGGGAGAUGGUUGCUUGCAAAAAUCGAACCACAGGAGGAAUAGAAUAGGUCCAGACAGAUCUAAAUUUUUGGAAUAGAGUUUAUUAUAUGCAAUUCUAAAUUGCGAUUUGUGGCUGUCAUUUAAAGUUCUUUGCAUACUUUGAUUAGUGUAGUGCAUACAGCGAACAUUGAGAUCAAACCAUGCCUCAAGUAGGUUACAGAAGGAUAAAUACAAAACUGCCAAUAUCAUCCAAAAAAGUGGUAGUGAGAGGUGCUUCCAACUUUAUUGAUUUGACUAGAAAGAUUUCGGUAUUUUGAAUAGGUGGUAGCACGUGGCGCUUGAUGCAUCAGCUGUAAUAAUAACCACUUACAUUUUGUGAACCUUGGCUUACUUUUGAAUUUCUUCAAGAAGAGUUUCAUUCAUUCAAAUUAGUCCUCAAAAACUCGACUUUGCCUCGUUGUUUUUAUUUUUGUUAGUGUGAAUGUUGUUGUUUUCACCUACUUCAUGCUAGUCUAAACACUGAUUGGUAUUUGUUACAUCACUGACGUCUUAAGUAUUUGAAGAACCCCUAAAGCCGAAUGUCGUGUUCUAUUUUUCCUUUCACGUUUAGGUACAAGAAAACUGUUCCACAGCUUCUCAUUCGUUGGAGUGUACAAAAACAUUAUAUAACUAUUCCCAAGUCAACUCAAAAGGACAGAAUUAUUGAAAAUGUAGACGUUUUUGACUUUGUCAUUACUGAAGAAGAUAUGAAAGUUUUGGUAAGUGUUUCGUGUCACGGACUCAUUGGACGCUGUUUUUUUUACUCGAACAAACAGCACCCCUCCUGAAUUUUUCUUUGCUAUUCUAAAGUUUUAGAACUGAGAUUUUGAAAUAAGAGCUUAGUAGCCUCAGAGAACAGCUGACAUUUUACUACGCCACCAUGCAAAAUGACGUCUGAGAAACGAGAACAGAAAUUCCAUACUGUUGACGCGUCACGUCCCAGAUCUGGGUUGUGCUUCUGAUUGGUUGAAGCAAAUUUCGUCGUGACACGACCAAUCAGAAGCACUAGCCACCUCUGCGUAGUGCAGCGUCAUCAGUAUGGAAUUCCUGCGCUCGCUUCUCAGCCGUCAUUUUCCUGUGGUGGCGUAGCGAAAUGCUAGCUGUUCUCUAAGGCUGAGAUCAUUUGAUACAACACUUUCAUGUAACCAAGUGAAUUAGCUACCGUGAAAGAACUUGAAGUCUGAUCUAUCCCAGUCAUUACGCUCAUAAACGAUCAGGAUCGCAGUUUACGUUUCUCUUCUAAAUCGGGCGGUUAUCCCAGCAACAAAAGUUUUCUUAGUGCCCAAUCCCAGAAGAGUGGGUACAAGUCCCACUCGGGGGGGGGAGGGGGGGUACUCCCUACAUAGGGAGGCUCCGUCCAGAAGGGGUACUGUUUUUGGGCUUCAGAAUUAACACAUAGAAAUCUGUAAUUACUUAAAUAGGGAACAAUGACCACAAUUAGCACAUCAUGUUGGCAAGUAAAUAGACCGUGCGCAGGUAACUAGUUUCCGUUAAGUGAGGUUGACGGUAUAUGAGAGUUUGUCACUCGCGACACAAAAUUGUCUGUUGUCCGUGAUAAAUGGCGUCCGUAAUAAGUGGGUUAAUUUUAGAUAAAAUAUGUGAACUUUUCGUCAGGGAAAACGAAAGUGCCGUUUUAUACGGUAACGGGUGUCCGUAGAGUGGGAUUUUACUGUAUUUAUUUUUUUAUGCUUUUUUUUUUUUCACGUUACAGGACAACAUGCCCACUGAGCAGUGUGCUUCGCUGCCUAACAUCACCAACGCACCAUGGAAAGGCUAACUUGACUUUGAAUUAAUUUCUCAAUGUUGAAUUGGCAUUGCAAUAAACGUAAAAGACAUUAGUAAGUGUAAAUAUCUUAAUCGCAACACAAAUCGUAACAAUUGACGACACUGUUUUUACGACGCCUACUGGAGACUGGACUACCAUUUUAUGUAGUCACCCUAGCCAUGCGAAGGUCUAGCCCCUUGCGGGGCAAAGGAGUACAGCACGUACCUUCGUUUCCCAGUUAUUUUAAUAAAACCUUAAUUAUUGACCCUCGCCUCGGAUGGAACCCACAUAGUACCGCUCUUAUACAUCGCUGUACCGACUGAGCUUAUCCCGUGAAAUUUUACAGUAUUUUCCUGAGCCGAUUGCAUUCAAGAAGCACUUAGGGGUUCUUAAGAACUCGUUUAUCACCGUGCGUUCCAGAUCGAAUUCACUGGAAAAGUGUUGGCUUUUAAGGAUAUGGGACAACCGGAGUACUGUGGAACCUCGAUUUAACGAAGUGCCAAGGGAC